GUGUGCGCGAAUGAAGAGCCCCCUGCCCCUCAUCGUGGCCCUCGCCGCCGCCCUCUGCUGCAGCCAGGCUCUCCCGCCGGCGCCACCCGACCCCUCGAGCAACGGCACCAGCCGCCCCUUGACCACCAACUUGACCCGCUACUUCGAAGAGCACAACAUCACCAGCCCCUUCUCCAACUUCACCGGCGCUCUUGAACCGCUUCAAGUAGAAGGAAAGCCCUGCGAAGAGGUACUGGUAGCAGACCUCGAGUGCAGGAAAAAUCAGGGAGUUCGGGUCAUCAAUGGCGUUCAGAUCGGAGGUAUAGGGGGACUUCACGUUCUCCUCUCUCUUGCAUCGUGGUAUGCUCUUUUGUCUUGUGCAGGUGUGGAGGUGGGGGCCGGACAGUGCUUGAUUCUCACGAGCGGCGCUAAAGUCUUCGGCGGCGUCCGCGUGUCAGAUGGCGGUAUUCUCUGCACAGAGAAAGACGCGUUCGUCAAGCUCAAUGUGGAAGGGCACAAUGCUGGUCCCAUCCUCAUACUUGGCGGGACAUUCGGAUGGAGGGUUCUCGGCAAAAAGGAUAGUAGGAGGUGAUAUUGUACUGAAAGGAGAACUUCGGAGUCCAGGUAGCUACGGGAGUCGAUUCAUGAGAGUGGCAUGUUUUGUGCUCCUUGCCGUUUCCUUUCUGCCAGAUCUGCCAGGGGGCUUUCUCAGUGUCGCUGGCCUUCUCAUAGAACAGGCGCCAUCAGUCGACGACGGCACAGUUGCUCGGAUCAUUAUUGCCGGCGAUGUCAAUGUCGAGGCCAAGGAUGCGCCCGUCGAGGUUCAACGUGCUAUACCAACAGAGACGUCUCAAACGAAAUCUGGCGACAUCAUCUUCAUCGGAGGCGACUUCAAAGUGACGGACACAGGCUCCUCGCUUCAAAUUGUUGACGUCGUCGGACCUCCUCCUCCUCCAUUCAACUCGAUACGCAUCCGUGGAAAGCUUGUGACGGCAGCACUAUCCGGAACUGCAGUCAUAGGUGAGGGCCUGUGAGAGGCAGAAAGGAAGCCCCUCCACUGCGGAAGGCAGCGGAAAAUGCAUUGCACAUGCGCAGUGAUUGUGCGGCUGACAGGAGCAUCCAUUAAUAGAGGCGUGACGGUUGAGGGACAAGGGGGUCAACUUUUCCUGUCCGCAGGUAUAUGCUGUGAGCUACCUGCACAUACCAUAGUGUUUCACGUGUGCUUUCAGUCAACAUCGGGCAAAAAUUCUUUCCACACGGGAAUAAAAUUUUCGCUCGAGGCAGCUUUACGACCAUCAACAUCGGCAGUGUCAUUUUCACCGGCAGAGGAGGCGGCAUCAUAGACUUAGCUUGCGAAGGUGGGACUCUGUCAACGUCAAUUGCUACACUUCCCCUUGAUACUGAAUCUGCACUCGGAGAGCUCAGGAUCAGUCGUUGUGGUCCUAGUGGUUCCAUGGCACGUCUUGUUGUGUUUGAUUCCCGCAUUCUGAAAGCCGACUUCAUUGACAAUCCCAAUCUCGUCCUGUCAGGCGACUCGGACAUCGGCACUGUCUUUGUGAGAGAGCUUAGAUGCGAGAAUCUCAACGAACUGACCAACGAAAAAGGUCACUUCAUUGGGGGUGACGCUAAGUGUAUGUGUGAGGCUGAGACGGUCUUAGAGGGGACCGACCCCAUCUGUCCUGAAGCUUGAGGUGAUGAUAGGAGAGUAUUAUGUUGAGAUCAGGCAGGUGGUGCAUGUGAUUUUUCUGACGCCUUCACGAAUGACACGGUCCAUUUUUGGGCUUGUUGGCUGUCCCAACUGUAUGGUGUGGUGUUGAACCAGCCAUUUUUCGGCUGCUUGGCUGCCGUGAUUAUAUUGUGUUGUACAUGGACGGGUGAAUGGCGGGCUGAAUGGGCGAGCGAGCGAUGAGAUAUAGAUGUAUGUCGCCUUGCAAGUGUUCUCACCUGCAUACGGCUCAUGGCGUUUUUCGACGACGCUUGUGGCCAUUUGUUGCUGAGUUAUCGCAUAAGCGAGUGGAUGGCUGAGUGAUGGGUGGCUGGAUGGAUGAGAGAGCGACAGGAGACGGGUGUGUGCGGGAGUGCCGUGGAGACACGUAUUCAUUUACACGUUCGUUCAUUCGAUGUCGCCCUAGUGUGUCUGCCUUCUCCCUUCCUCCUGUGUGGCAUCGUGUAUAGUCAGCCUUCUCGCCCACGGAUGGAUGUGAGUGGGUGUGUGCAUGGAUGUACAGAUGACUGACUGACUGGGGCGUGGUAGGCGAGACAGACAAGAGAGAGAUAGACAGACAGACAGACAGCAGAGACACCAGAGAGAGAGAGAGAGACGGAUGGACCCGUGUGACUAGAUGGCCACUGAUUAGUGUGUCUCUUUGCGUGGACAGCAGUAGCUACUUGAAGCGCACA